UAAACGUCGCGCAUAUUAUUGCAAAUAACCUAAAAAGAGUCAGUUGGCGAAAAUACAAACCUCAUAAAUAUGCAAUUUAGAUUAUCUAUUGCGCCCCUAUAUCUGGGCUCUUGAGUUAUAAUGUUUUGGCAAAUAAAUUUGGGAGCUGGAGACUCUACCUUAUUCAAUUUAUUAGAUAAAGAAGAUCUCACAUUAAAUGAAAUUAUUAAAGAAGAUGAUUUGAUACAAGAAUGUAAAGCUCAAUGCACAAAACUUGUUAACUUCCUUCAUAAACCUGAGAAUUUACAUCAAUUAGUUGAUUUAUUAUUAACAUCACCAUUGAAAUAUAUCUCCCAAGAACAGGAUACCAUAUCAGGAAACAAUUCUGCUUUAAACAAGGAAGAAGAAUUCUUAUAUGAACAAUCUAAAAUAUCAUGUGAAAUUCUUACAUCAGAUAAUUCUUCAAUAUAUAUGGGUUUAAUAAAUGAUACAAACCUCCUUGAUAAAAUUUUAAAUUAUUAUGACUUUGAAAACCAUAAUAUGUACAAUGAAAAUGAAUACAAUACAUUACCAGACCAAAAAAUUGCACAAUCUGUCACAAGGUUAUUAACACAUAUAGUUUCCCGUUCUCCAGAAAGGAUGCUUGCAUAUUUCAUCUCAAAAAAACCUGAUUUUAUAAAUAAUUUGAACAAGCAUUUAAAUUUAUCCUCACACAAUGAAUUAAUAACUCAUUUAGCAUCCAAAUUAGAAACUGAAAAAAAUUUAGUUCAAUAUUCAAAAUGGUUUGUAUCUCAAAACUAUGUAGAAGAUUUAUUCAGCUACCUUGAUCCAUAUAUGUAUGAUGAAUUGACCCAUGACAGUGUAUAUAUGAUAUUUAGUGAAAUAUUCAAAUAUUCUACUACCUACGAAUAUCUUCAGCCUGGAAAUUUUCCUGAAGAAAACAUGCCCCUUGUUAAUGACAUGCUAUCAAGUAAAUCCAUUUCAACCUUGCUGAACUAUACUUUCCCAGCUCAUUCAGAUCAGUGUCUUAAGCCUUACAUUGAUAUAAAAGGUUCAAUAAUGAGUGCUUUAAGGAUACUUCUGCUACUGGUGGAAUAUCUAGUGGAUCAUCACAGCCCUUCUUAUAAUCAAAAGGAAACUAGUGCUGGUACAUACAAUGUAUCGAAUGAAAACGACCAAUCCUUUAUUUGCGAUCCUACUGGGACAGAUGAUUCCUUUACUGCUCAGAAUUUUAACGAUUCUAAAGAUGAAUCCUUAGAUUCAAUCACCGAAAACUUGGAAUCUUUUAACCAUAUCGACUCGACCCCAUAUUCCAAACAACCCUUACCCACUGAUAGUGUUGAUAAUAGUCUAAAUAUCACCAAAGAAAACCAUAGUUUAGAUGUUGAUCCAACCAAGAAUCGCGUUAACCUUGGCGACCCACUCAUAGUCGAAACGAUACCUAAAUUUUACUCAUAUUUGCUAAAUAAUAUUCCGCCUUCAUAUACUCAAAAUAGUGAUCCCUUUCUGUCACUCAACUCGUAUAAUAGCCCAUCAUCGCCUAUUCAGAAUCUUGUUUCAUCCUUUCACUCAAAGAAUCUCAAUAAUCCCAAUGUUCCUGGAGUAGGCCAGAUCAGAUUUUUGUUGCUACAAAUCAUCGGGGUUUACACUUAUUCAAAUGAUGUAACCUUGCUUAAUCGUGUAUUGGAAACGAAUAUCAUGGGGUUGAUCAUGGAGCUAUUCUUCCAAUUCCCGGAUAACUCCUUAAUCCACAACCAAACCACGGAACUGGUGAAAACUCUGUAUCAAAAUAUAUCCCGACCACCCAACAAAGUGUCCCCUCCCGAUAUUAAUAUUUUAAACAAUAAUUUUACUUCGCCUAACCCCACAAAGCUCCCCGUUAACGCUCCCAACGGGAAACACGGGGAUGGUAAUAAUUCUACUAGUAGAACUAGCGACAAAUUUUAUCGAGAAGUCUACGGCGGGUCGACCUAUAACCCGAAUUACUUAAUACUAAAGCAGCUUUUAACCGAAAACGAUUUGUUGACGAGCAUAAUGAACGCAUGGGAAUCCAAUGAAUACGAUGAAGAUACGAAACAAUUACCUCGAAGAGGCUAUAUGGGACAUUUGCUCGAAUUAUCUAACCUUAUCCAACAACAAAAUCAGUCCUUUUCUCAGCAAGAUAACCUAUUUCAAUAUAUCGACGAACGUAUUCUUGAUCGCUGGGAUGAGUUUCAAGGAUCGCUAGCUAAAAUCAACGACAUGAAUUCGCUUCAAAUGUCCGUCAAGCAAUUAAUUUGUCACAAUAGCUUUGCCUACGAAUCCUAUUACAAGGAAAAUAGCCAGGAAGAUGAGUUCUUCAAAGGAGCAGCACUAGAUGACGGUUAUCAAUACGACAAAGAUGCGGAAGAGAAAUUCGAGUCAAAUUUUUACAAUUUCAACCACGAAAUCCGAGAUAUCAAAUAUGAGGAAGAUAUGAUAGAUACUGAAUUCAAAUAUCACGACGAAGACCAAGACCUCGGGGAGAUAGAUGAAGCCGCCUUCUCCCGAAUGUGUCGGGAAAGACAAUUCCACAGAUUCAAUGAACGCCAAGAAAUAGAAGCUGAUCAUGACAAUAAUUUUGACGAUCCAAGGAUUGAAACUCUUUUCUAUGAUGAACCUGUUGGUUUAGAGCUCUCUAACAACCUCACCAAAAACAUUGCCGCAAACGAUUUUUUAACCGUCAAAAAGCAAAAGACCACACAACGAAACUAUUCCGACAGUAUUACAACAUUAAAUUCUUUAUCUUCAUUACGAAACAUUGAAAAUGCCGACGUCGUCCAUUAUGUCAAAGAUAUCAAGACCUAUGCACAUAAUUAUGCUAGUCCAACCAUAGUGCUGAAUGACCACAAUAAAACUACCUCCUAUGAAGAUCUCUCAUUUAUUAUUAGGGAAGAUGCUAUGGUUGAACCGGGUCCCUCUCAUUAUUUGAUGACGGACUUACAGCAUUCCAAAGACGUUGAUCAUGGUAAUGUGAUAACGCCAACCACAAGUACCCCCAAUGAUGAGCCGAAUAAUUAUAUCGAUGAAUUCUCCGAUGACGAUAAUAAUGUGGGAGACAUAGACAGUGAUUACGAAUGGAAUUCGCCAGAUCUCAAAUCUCUUACAGAUGAUGAUUUCGAUUCCAAUAAAAAUGAAAUAGAUAGUAAGAACAAUAAUCCAUUGCUCUCGGCAAAGGAAUCAAGUCCAUUCCGCAAUUAUAAACCUUCUAUUUUUUUGCCCAUCAUCCCAGGCAGCGACGAAUUUUUGAACAUCAAUAAAGACACCAAUUUGCAAAGAUCAUCGACUCCAGAACUAAACGAUAAUACAAUCCACAACAAUGAAACGGUUAACCAAAAACCCGAAAUUGGCAUUCCUAACGCCUUGGAAAAUCUAAAACUUCAAUCCGAAUUGAAUGAAAAGCUCGUAGAAAAACCAUCACCUUAUAAAGUACUCAAAACAUCUUCGAAAAAUCAAAAUGACCCCUGGGCAGCUGUCAUCAUCAUGCCACCCGACUCUUUCCAUAACAAUUUCGAUUUUAAGGAGACAAACCAUCAUUCCGCCAAAUUCCCGCCCAAAAAUAUAGGCAAAAUGAAACCCCUAACAAGCCCCUGUGAUAACGAAUCUUGGGAUGAUAACUUCGGAGGAGAAACUCAAUGAUUAUUUAAAUAAGAAAAAAUAUUAACCGUAUCUUAAAUAUGACAACGUAGGGAGAGAAAUGAAGGCCGAUCUUUUAAACUGACGUCCAAUUGAUUAUAACAAAAAUAAAACUUAAUAAAUUUGAUUCGCUAAAUUUUUAUAUGGUUAUUUUUUUUCUCUCUUCAAUUUUUCCACUUAUACCUUUUUCAUUCAAAAAACUGGUUUCUCCUUUAUAAUUUUCAAACCAUAAUAUUUUUUCUUUCGUAAAAUCCAAUCAUCGAAACGGAAUUUAUCCGGGGUAAAAAGGUUUUGAAUAACAAAACAAAAAAAACGUAUUAGUUAUAUGAUUUGAUUUCAUUCGCCAAAGCCAUAUUAUCUCCAAUUAAACUCGAUUUUUAAUAUAUUAACUAGUUUUAUAAUCGAUGAUUUGAUCGUACGUCCUGUGUAUGUAAUUUUAUCUAUUUAGAAUAUUCGCCUAAUUUUAAUAUUAUAUCAAUACAUAUGCUAUAUCAUUUUUUUAUAGUUUUUUUACGUAUUUAAAUCAUAUAUAACUCACUUUUUAUACUA